AUGCGAAGAUCAACAGCGGCACGAGCAUUCUACCUGGCAGUAUUUGCACUGUUCAGCAAUGACUGCGUUGCCCACGCCGCCUCUUCCACACCCUCCCAUGCAAGCAGUCCAGACGUCUGCGCCCUCGAACCUCGUGCCAAAGUCUCCGACGCAUGUGCAUCAUACGCCGAUCUCGACCAGCUGAACAACCGACUCUACCCCUACGUUCACAAACUCGCCAACAACACCGACUUCUUCUCCUACUACCGGCUCAACCUCUAUAACAAAGAGUGUCCGUUCUGGAGUGAUGAGAGUGGCGCAUGUGGCAAUAUCGCCUGUGCAGUGACGACGGUGGAGAAUGAAGAGGAUGUGCCCGCGAUAUGGAGGGCGGAGGAAUUGAGUAAGCUCGAAGGACCGAAGGCGAAGCAUCCUGGUCGGAAACAACAGAAGGAGAGGCAGAGACCACUUCUCGAUCAGCUGGGUGAGAGUGUUGGGGAGAGUUGCGUGGUGGAGUAUGAUGAUGAGUGUGAUGAGCGGGAUUAUUGUGUGCCGGAUGAUGAAGGCGCAGCGGGCAAGGGCGACUAUGUCAGCUUGGCGGACAAUCCAGAACGUUUCACUGGAUAUGCUGGCGAAGGAGCACAUCAAGUCUGGGAGGCGAUAUAUCGCGAGAACUGCUUCUCCCGACCACCAACCAGCGAUCGUAGUGUCGGCCUACCUGGCCUAUCCGCACUCUCCCCAGGCCUAUCCCAAAACCAAGCACAAGCCGCCCUAGACUUCAAGCAGGUAAUGAAAGCCCACGACCGACAAGGAGCAACCAAAUCCGGCACCACAGAAGAGAACGCCCCAGAGUUCGAAGACGAAUGCCUGGAAAAACGCGUCUUCUACCGCGUAAUCUCCGGCAUGCACGCCGCAAUCUCCACCCACCUCUGCCACGACUACCUGAACCAAACAACCGGCCAAUGGGGUCCGAACCUCCAAUGCUACAAAGACCGCCUCCACAACCACCCGGAACGCAUCUCGAACCUCUACUUCAACUACGCCUUGGUCUUGCGAGCCGUGAGUAAACUACGCGACUACGUGCAAGACUACACUUUCUGCACGGGCGACAGCGCGCAAGACGCCAAGACGAAAAACAUGAUCCGGCAGCUCGCGGACAACAUCCCGCCCGGCCCUCAAAUCUUCGACGAGAGCAUCAUGUUCCAAGACCAACCCGGCUUAGCAGACGGUCUAAGUCUGAAAGAAGACUUCCGCAACCGCUUCAGGAAUGUAAGUCGGAUAAUGGACUGCGUAGGCUGCGACAAAUGCCGACUCUGGGGCAAAGUCCAGACGAACGGGUUCGGGACGGCGUUGAAAGUCCUCUUCGAGUUCGGCAACGGUCACGAGGAUCAAGAGAAGCCGCUUCUACGUCGGACGGAACUGGUGGCGUUGAUCAAUACCCUGGAUAAGAUCAGUGGGGCUAUGAAGGCGAUUGAGCAUUUCCGGGAGAUGAUGGUGGUGGUGGAGUUGGAGGGGGGGAGCGUGGAGAUGGCGCAGAAGGUGGUGCAAACCAAUAUCUCGGACGAUAUUGAACUCGACGAUUUCCCUCCUUCCUCCUCCUCCUCCCACGACACAGACAAGCCCGAACUAAACCCGGAGACCCUGACCCAGAUCUUCACCCAAGAACUCGCGCUCGUGUGGAGCGCUUACGUCUUUGUAUUGAAAUCGUGGUUCGGCUUACCGAGGAAACUGGGCGGGAUCGCGCUGAGUGAAUUGAAGCGGCUGUGGGAAUUUUGGUUGGGGAGGCCGGUGCCGGGGCGGAGUUGGGAGGUUAGGAUGCCGAGGCGGGAUGAGAUGUGA